UGGAGAGCAGUCAGAUCUUAUGUCCUAAAUCAUCCAAUAAUUACGACAACCUUUAAUGGUACCCUAUUGAUUAAUAGAGCAUUGUAAUCAUUGUGCUCUAUAUAAAUCAAUGAAAACCAUCACAACAGUGUAUCUAGAGUUCCCAACAUUAUCUGAUGGCUUCACUAAGCUUGCUUGAAGCUUCCGUAGCCCUCCUUUGUUUUCUCAUCUGCCAUCACUUGCUCUCCAAGAAACCUCAUGACCGGUUCCUCAAAAACUGGCCAGUUCUCGGGAUGCUUCCUGGUUUCCUCAUAGUGCUCCACCGCAUCUACGACUUCAGCGUGGAGGUUCUCGAGCAAACCAACUUAACAUUCCCAUUCAAGGGACCGUGGUUCACUGGAAUGGAUAUAUUAGUCACGGUUGAUCCAGCUAACAUCCACUACAUAUUAAGCUCAAACUUCUCCAACUACACCAAGGGAGCUGACUUCAAAGAAGUCUUUGAUGUCUUCGGAGAAAUGAUCUUUAACUCGGACGGUGACCUGUGGAGGAAUCAAAGAAGAGCUGCUCAGUAUAUGCUUAACCACCAAGGGUUUCAAAAGCUUUCCAUGAGUGCAACAAGAACUAAACUCGACGACGGUCUUGUUCCUCUUUUCGAUCGUUUUUCAAAGGAGGAGAUGGUCGUUGAUUUGCAAAACUUGUUUCAACGUUUCACGUUUGAUACGACUUUUGUUCUUGUAACCGGUUUUGAUCCCAAGACUCUCUCUGUUGAAAUGCCGGAAGACGAGUAUGCUGAAGCUCUUGACGUUCUUGGAGAAGGGAUUUUCUUUAGGCAUGUUAUACCAAAGUUCUUGUGGAAGCUGCAAAAGUGGAUUGGGUUUGGACAAGAGAAGAGGACGAUGGAAGCUGAUGCCACUUUUGAUCGUGUUUCCGCCAAAUACAUAUUAGCUAAGAGACAUGAGGUACUAUCACAAGGUAUUCAUGAUCAACAACAAUCAAAUGGUGAAUGUCAUGAAGAUCUUUUGACGUCUCACAUGAAGCUUGAUACAACUAAGUACGAGCUCUUGAACCCGAGUGAUGAUAAGUUCCUCAGAGACACCAUCUUGGCUUUCAAUCUAGCUGGGAGAGACACAACGGCUUCAGCUCUGUCUUGGUUCUUCUGGCUUUUAUCUGAAAACCCUCGAGUGGUAACCAAGAUUCGCCAAGAGAUCAUUACCAACAUAAGUCUUCAUGGCCAAGACAACUUAGACAAGUUGGUGUAUUUACAAGCUGCGUUGUAUGAGUCAAUGAGGCUUUAUCCACCAGUUCCCUUCCAACGCAAGUCACCUAUAAAACCAGACUUGCUUCCAAGUGGGCACAAAGUGGAGGCAAACUCAACGAUCAUGAUCUUUCUUUACGCGUUGGGGAGGAUGAGAGCGGUUUGGGGAGAAGACGCAAUGGAGUUCAAGCCAGAGAGAUGGGUUUCACAGUCAGGAUGCUUGAGACAUGAGCCUUCUUUCAAGUUCUUAUCAUUUAACGCCGGUCCAAGAACAUGUCCUGGUAAGCAAUUAGCUCUGACUCUAAUCAAGACAGUGGCAGUGGAGAUAUUACAAAACUAUGAUAUUAAGGUUAUCAAAGGACAGAAGAUUGAGCCAGAUCCUGGUCUUAUAUUGUACAUGAAGCAUGGGCUUAGCGUCACAAUUACUAAGAGAUGUUCAGCUUGAGUUAAUUGAUGUACCAUUCCCUUAUUUUCCAAUGUAUUAAUAUCUAUCA